AUGACUCCCCCCAUCCUUGAUCGAACGAUUGACUGUAAAAAAUUCCUAAAAAUUGGGAAAAUUAAUCCCCAUCCUUGAUCGAACGAUUUUCAUAUCAACCAAAUUUUUAUAUAUAUAAAAAUAUAUAUUAGUUAUCAAAAGCUUGGGAAGAUGCACAUAAUGAAGUUGUUUUCAGAGCUUUGAGACGACAGAAAGCCACGGAAUCAACCAUCCGAAGUGAUUUAGUCAUCAACCUAGGCUUAAAAACUCAAUAAUCUAAUAAAAUAGAGAUUCUUUAAAAUUUUAAAAAAAACAAAUUUUAAUUUAAUAAGGAGAAAUUAAAAUUUAUACAGUUUAAAAAGGGUAACUAAUAAAUUAAAAUAUUAAAAAUUGGUAUUUUUAUGAAAUUUAAUUCAAUUUUGCUGUAAAAAUAAUUAUUAAAUACUCUUAACCCUCUUAUUUAAAAGUAAAUAAAAAAAAAUAUAUAUAUAUAUUUUUUUUAACCCCCAUCCUUGAUCGAACGAUGGCAAGCCAUUCGAUCAAGGAUGGGGAGAGUGAGUAAAAAAGUUCUGUCAAAAAGCGCGAUUUCUUAUAGAGAUAUAGAUAACUUCUCUUAUAGAGAAGAAAGGAAAAAACUAUUUAAUGUUUCUAAAUCAAGACAUCCUGUUUUACAAGUCUUCAAGAAAUCAAAGAGCAACAAAACAGACACAAACCUCCCUGUCAGGACAAACAGUGUGCACACCCCAAAGCGCCCGGCUCAUUCUCGCCUUUUGACCUAUUUGUAUGCAGCUGCAUCUCCUAGUACUUCUCCUAGCAAUAAAAUUGCAAACAGCAGUUUCUCAAUGGAUAAAUCACCAGCAUCAGUUUCAUUUGACGCUGGAAUUUGUCCUUUAAGCUCUUCUUUGAAAUCUAGAAGACUCUUAUCGAGGCAUUCAAAUUCCCAAUACAAAGACCAAUGUUUGAAUUUUUUUCAAACAACACAAAAUCAGUCACUAGACGAAACUUUUCAAAUAAAAAAUACUGAGCUUCUAAGACAUUACCAAGAAUUAAAGCAACCAGCUGUUCCACUUAUAUUUAAUGAUAAGCCUGGAAAUACGCCUUUUACUAAUGAGUUGCUUAAUCUCCUCUGCUGUGAGCAAGAUAUUUUUUUAGAGGAUUUUAUUUUUUAAAAUAAAUAUUUAACGAAAUUUCCUUAAAAUUUUUAUUACAAAAAAUUAUUUUGCUCAUAGGUCAAUUAUUUUUAAAAAUACUAUAACUUUUAAAUAGGCUUUCUCAUUUAAAGGGAAAUUUAAAAAAAUUUAUAUAGCUGAUUCACCUUCUACAAACCGUGAAGAAAAGACUGUGAAUAAAUUUCAUAAAAUAAGAAGCAGACCAAGGUCAAGCUAUGUGAAUCACAAUAAAAUUAUUGGUAUUGGGUCUAGUUGCUUAAAAUCGAAAAAUAGCUUUUCUUUUGAAGUGACAAAUCCUUUAAUUAUUUUUGAUCAAAGCGAAUUUUAUAUAUCUUCAAAUUCGGUGAUUAAAAAAUAA